UCGUCGGUGUCAUCUCACCAAACGCCAUCGACAAACGGUUUUGUUCGAGAAAUUUUUUCGCUGGGGAAUUGCAGCCACUCGAUUCUGUUGGGAGGGGGGCAAUUCAAUUGCGCACCACAUUGCCGAUGAUCCCUUGAAUCAGACUGCGGUUGCGAGUGGCUGUGUGUGUGUGUGUGUGUGUGUGUGUGUGCUCGUGAUAUUGUGGCUGCUAGCUGGAGUUGAUGGAGAAGAGCUGGACGUUUUGGUCGUGUUUGGAGAGGAUUACGGACGGAGGUGUAAUUCAUCCAUUUAAUUUGCUGGGAGAUUUCAAGAGAGUAUGAUUCUUUGACUAAUGUUUCAAAAAUCAGCAGCUAUGGUGUCUUUGCUGGUGGCCUCCAAGGCCGACCCCGCCUCUGUUGGUCCUGCUUCCGCCCUUUUAUCUCUCUGCUCCUCAUGGAGCCGAGGGCCUGAAGUCGACUACAACCCCACGUAUAAAACCGGAAACGUGCGCAUGAUUCAACUACAAGAGCACAUGGUGCAUGAGGACUUUUUGGAACAACGAUGGGAGUCACAGACAGGGGAGAAAGUGAGUGAAAUAAUCUUCAUGAGCAAGCACGGCGCGGCAUCCAAUCGACCUGCACUCACAGUGCAUCCAAUUGGGGUACCACACUUGAUGAAGCAUGAAAACCCACCUGCAGGAGGCAGAGCAGGAAGAGUCUCACCACCGAAUCCACGCAUUGGCCCCUGGUUUCGAUUACUAAAAUCCUUGUCUGCCACGAACAAGCUGUUGCCCGAGUUUGAGGUCACACUUGAGGCAACACAUCACGGGCCAUGGACAGAGUCACCAGCAAUGUUUGUGGAGAUUGGGAGCACGGAAGAGUACUGGAUGCGGGAGGAUGCAGCUGCCACCAUAGCCUCCGUCUUCCUCAAAGGCUUAGGGUUAGAUGGAGGCCAGGCAUAUGGGUGUUGGUCUGAGGAAGAGCAUAGAGGACAGAAGGUUUUGUUAGGAUUAGGAGGAGGUCAUUACGCCCCCCGACAUGGAGAUAUUGCUCAAAAGGAAGGUGUAUGGGUUGGGCAUUUGCUCUCAGGUUACUCUCUGCUCAUGACUGAUCCAGGCUCUUCUUCUAAUCUGAAGGACUAUGACAAGGUUGGUGGCACAUGGAAGGAGGCUAUCCUUGAGGCAGUUGCAGCAACGAAGCUGGCAUUUCCGGGAGGAGAGGUGGUUGUCCACCUUGAUGGUAAGAGUUUCAAGGCAUGGCAAAGGAAUGCCAUCACCUGGUUCCUGGACAAGGAAAACAUCAAAGUAGGAAAGCCUGGCGAUUUCACUAGUUGAGAUUCUUCUAUUGCUCUUGUCCAACACACAAGCACGUCAGUGGCAUUAAAGUGAUUGGUUAUCUACCACUCUUCGUUUUAGUUCAAGGUUGUAGGAAUAGGCCUUUUAGCUUCAUUCAUCACACAUAUUUCUUUUAACAUAAUGAUGUACACAAAUACAGGGGGAGGAAUUGACAGUGUGAGGAAGUAAGAAAGCAGUAUUAUUGAAGAGUCCAUCCGCCAAUAUCAACUUGAAUGUUGAAUCUGAUUUUUAAAUGGUGAUACCUAGCACUUUCCCACUACAGUCUAAAUUGAAAAAGGAUUUCAGAAAUCAACAUGUAUUGGCAAGAAAAUUUU